CUCUCCAGCACAUUCUUUAAUGUUAUUAUUUAGACUGGAGUGGAGAAAACGCUGGGAACAAGGAAAGUCUCCUUUGAGCUCCGCGUCCCGAUUGGGGGUCUCCGGAGAGUGGAGACUGGGGGUUCCGUGGUUGCUCUCGGUCUCGACUCUGCGUCCUUGCCAUCGUGUUCUAGAGAAGGAGCUUGGAGGAAUUUGCAUGUUUACAGCCAUGAAGUGCAGACCAUCUGUUAUUCUUCUUCACACACUCUUUUGGUUUUCGCUCCAUGACAUAUGCUACAGUACUCCCAGUGACAUUGAAUGUUUAAGACUCGUAAAGCUAUCACUAAAGGACCCUGAAAAUAACCUAUUCUACUCAUGGACCUUUGACAACACAUCAGAAGGGUCCAUAUGCAAGUUUAACGGUGUCGAGUGCUGGCAUCCUGAUGAGAACAAAGUCCUUAACCUGAGGCUUUCCAACAUGGGACUUCAAGGUCAAUUCCCUUCAGGACUUGAGAAUUGCACAAGCUUGACUGGGUUGGAUCUCUCAAACAACAACCUCUCUGGAACUAUUCCUGUGAAUAUCGCAAAAAAAAUACCUUAUGUCACGUCACUUGAUCUUUCAUUCAAUGAUUUCUCAGGCCAAAUUCCAGUGAAUCUCUCUGACUGCACUUAUCUUAAUUCACUUAAGCUUCAGCAUAAUAAUUUGACCGGACAGAUUCCCGGGCAACUGAGCAUCCUUUCACGACUAACAGAGUUUGAUGUUUCUGACAACCACUUAUCCGGCCCAAUUCCUGCACUCCAGGCUAAGCUUACGCAGUCAAACUUUGCAAACAACCCUGGUCUUUGUGGGGCGCCUUUGGGUGCUUGUGCAGGGACUUCAAAGAAGAUUAAUGCUGGUGUAAUCAUAGGUUCAGCUAUUGGUGGUGUUGUGAUAACCAUCAUCAUUGUUGGAGUUGUUUUAUACUUCUGUAUGCGUAGAAUGCCCAUCAAGAAGAAAGAAAAAAUUGACAUAGAAGAAAACAAGUGGGCAAAAUCUAUAAAAGGAGCAAAAGGCACCAAGGUCUCUAUGUUCGAGAAGUCCGUGUCAAAAAUGAAAUUGAGUGAUCUCAUGAAAGCAACCGAUGAUUUCAGUAAGGAAAACAUUAUCGGUACUGGUAGGACAGGGACGAUGUACAAGGCAACACUUCCAGAUGGCACUUCUCUUGCUAUCAAGAGGUUGCAGGACUCACAGCAAUCCGAAAACCAGUUUGUAUCUGAGAUGGCAACGCUGGGAAAUGUGAGGCACCAAAACUUGGUUUCCCUGUUGGGUUAUUGUGUUGCCAAGAAGGAGAGGCUCUUGGUGUACAAGUACAUGCCCAAGGGGACACUCUAUGAUCAGCUACAUGGCUCAGGUGCACAAGGGAAGAGUAUGGAAUGGCCGACAAGGCUCAAAAUCAGCAUCGGAGCAGCAAAGGGAUUGGCAUGGCUUCACCACAGCUGCAAUCCACGCAUUCUUCAUCGGAAUAUUAGCUCCAAGUGCAUCCUACUCGAUGAAGAUUACGAGCCUAAGAUAUCAGAUUUUGGACUUGCAAGGCUGAUGAAUCCCAUCGAUACACAUCUUAGCACUUUCGUGAAUGGUGAGUUUGGUGACCUGGGUUAUGUGGCUCCCGAGUAUGCUCGCACACUGGUCGCAACACCAAAGGGUGAUGUUUACAGUUUCGGAGUAGUUCUUCUUGAAUUGGUCACUGGUGAAAAGCCGACUCAAGUGUCUAAAGCUUCGGAAAAUUUUAGAGGCAGUUUGGUCGACUGGAUAACCUUCCUUUCGAAUAACUCUCUUCUUCAAGAUGCAAUCGAUAAGUCAGUAAUCGGAAAGGACUAUGAUAGUGAACUACUCCAGUUCAUGAAGGUUGCCUGUGCUUGUGCUUUAUCUGGUCCUAAGGAGAGACCUACCAUGUUUGAAGUGUACCAGCUUCUAAGAGCUAUCGGGGAGAAGUACCAUUUCACCGCCGAUGAUGACAUCUUUCUGCCACCACUCAGCAUUGAUGCUGAUAAUCUGGAUGAGCUUAUCGUGGCAAAGUAACCAAGAAGUUAGGUGGAUGGUGGAGAUGGGAGUCUGUAGCAGUAGUACAUCUGAAGGAAGUAAAACAACAGGAUGAUCAUCACUCGUUUUACUUCAGAUCUCUCGCAAUAUAUUUCUUGUACAUCAAGUUGCUCAAGUAUCGUAGAUGAGUUCUUACUUUGUCGCCCUUAUCCUUUCGUAUACAUUAUAUUGGAUAGUGGUUUGGUUUGCUAUUUUCCCUUCCAUGCUGAAUGGUUACUGCAUCAUCAAUGAGUUCAAAAUUCCUGCAGAAACUCACUGUGAGGUUUCCGCUGCUUUCG